GUCCUCAUGCGGGCCCUCAUCACCAUCCUCGCUCUCCUCUCCGUUGCGGCCUUUGCAGCAGUGUCCGGCCAGCCGGCAGGACUGAACGCUGCCCGAAUGGCAAAGGCCGAGAGUCUCGCGAAAGAAGUCAGCCUCAACGGCGACUUCUCUGAGGUUCGGAGGCAGCUUGUGAGUGCGUGUGGGCUGAAGAACAGCUACCAGACGGGCCACUGCUUCGGGGACUACAACCACGUGGACUGCUGCACCAUGCAGAUGGAGUACUCCACCGAACUCAAUAACAGUGAGCGUUGGAGGAGAUGGAAAGACAACAAAGGGCAGGGCAGUCUGGGCUGUAUGUCUGUCUGCCGUUUUGCAUUGGGUUGAUGUGUCAGACCGAGUGGCUGGCAUGCACGCGACCAACCCUUUGGCCCAUGUCAUCAACCCCAACAGGUCGGUUGUUGGGCUGGGGUGGUUGGUGCGCCGCCUUUGAUGCUUCUCCUCCUAAGUACCUGUUGUGUGCGUGUGCUGAUGUUGCGUCUGUGUGCAGCAUUCAGGACAGUUCCUUUGCGGACGCCCAGGGCGGCUCCUGGUGCACAUGCCACAUCGGCGCGGGCAACAACAAACAGGACGUCUGCCACAUCCAGUUCCAGUCUAAGGUGCGUGGGUGAGAGAGAUUUGCUUGCCUGUUCAGGUGUGUGAAUACUGACUGUAUCUGCUCGGACGCCCCACAGAUCGGUUUUAAGUUGGUGUGGUGUGGGGCCGACUACGACCUUGCCAUCCUGGUCGACGACGACGGCGUCCUUAUCAACUCUGGCAAGUGAGUGACUGCGACCUGCCUCUACUGAGCAGCAAGGGCACUCACCUGUCUGUCUGUCUGUCUGUCUGUCUGUCCCAUCAGGCCCACUGGCUCGCUGCCUCCGCUGAGUCAGCGACAGGCCAACUACCGUGUGGUGCAGGGCAGCCUCUUCGACAAGUGCUCGGAAGCCGCUGGGUAAUCACACACCUCAGACACACACAGCCAGUCAGCACCGAUGUGUGCUCACUUAAUAUGUGGAUUGUGUUUCUCCUCUGUUCAUGGUAAGCUCUUCGUGAAUUGCCCUUAAUUGCCUCAGAGCGGCUCACCCGAC